AUGGCGAGAAAUGGAGUCAACAAGACACUAUUGAUCUCAGCACUCUCUUUUUUGAAGAAACUUUUCAAUCUCAUAACUAUCCCAAUCUUGUUUCUCUCUAAGGUUCUCCACAUUAGUGACGUGUUCAGAAACAAGUCCAACUCUGGUCUUCAUGGUCGGGAAGAAGAUCCUGAAGGUCAAGAAACUAAAACCAACCUAGGUGAUGAUGAGGAAGAAGAAGAAGGGUUGAUAGAGAUUUCUCUGGUGAGAGAAGCUAAGGAUGGUUGGAUGAGCAAAGAAGAUUACUACAAGGAGAUGACGAUCAUGGAGAUUUGGGAUGAGCUUGAAGCUGAAGAAAAUUUGAUUGAGAUUGAUAUCUCCAUCCGAUCCAUUGUUAACAACAAUACUAUUUGA